UGCUCCCUAGCCGGGCCCUGAACUCCGACAGCAUGAGCGAGAGAACGGCACUAGGGGCCACCAUGGAGACCAUGACCCUGGAGGAGCCUGGGGGCGAACAGGCCUCUCCCCGGGCCCCGGGGCCCCUCCGCUGUGGCCCCUGUGCGGUGUGGCCCCGCCAGCAGCAGACGUGGCUGUGCGUGGUGCCCUUGCUGAUGGGCUUUGUGGGCCUUGGCCUCAGCCUGAUGCUGCUCAAGUGGAUUGUGGUGGGCUCUGUCCAGGACUAUGUCCCUACCGACCUGGUGGACGCCAAAGGCAUCGGGCAGGACCCUAUCUUCCUCUCCAAACCCAGUGCCCUGCCAAAGGGCCCAGAUGCCCCCUCGGCAUCCACAGCAGCCCCGGCCAAUACUAUGGGCCCUGGCUCAGCCGCAGAUGGGACCGGUGCAGUGCAGAGGACUCAAGCUGGACCUCCUUCUAACCAUACAGCCAGCAGCAGCAGCAGCAGCAGUGGGGGGAGGGCAGCAGGUGCAGUUGGAGGAGGUUCAGGGAAUCGAGCCCCUCACCUCCAUAACAGGGUGGGCACGAAAGCCAAUGGCACCACCUCUACUCGCCCAGCUGUGCCUGGCGGCAAGGAAGUGACCCCACGAAGUACAACGGUCAGAAAGCCUAGUGGUGCAGCCGGGGGCCGAAAUGCACACCCUUCCUCCAGAGCGGGCCCACCGAGCCCGACCUCCAUCACCACCACAACUACUGCUACCACUUCUACUACUACUGCAAAAAGCACAACUACUACCCGAAUGGCCCCGCCCACCACCUCCACCCCUACAGCCCCUGCCAGGCCGACCCAGCGCUUGAACCAUGGACGCUCCUCCAAGGGCCCCUCCACCAAGCCAACGCGGCCUCACCACCGCUUCAGAACCCUUGCACCUACAACCCCGACGGUCCGCUCCGAGUUCUUCAAGCCUUGCCAAGACAGCCAAGAGCUUGCCUUCUGUCUGAACGAAGGAGAGUGCUUCAUUAUCGAGACAGUGGCAGGAGUGCACAGACACUGCCGGUGUAAAGAGGGUUACCGUGGACUUCGCUGUGACCAGUUUGUUCCUAAGACGGACUCCAUCCUGUCUGAUCCAACAGAUGAGCUGGGCAUCGAGUUUAUGGAGAGUGGAGAGACCUACCAGAGGCAGAUCCUGUCAAUCUUCAGCAUCGCUAUGGGCAUCAGCUUGCUGGGAGUGGCCUGCAUGGCUCUUUACUGCAGGAACAAGAGACAAAGGGAAAAACACAGAGCCCACCUCACAGAGAUGCGUAACCUGAGGGACUGCAGUGUCAAUGCUUUGCGGCUCAUGUCUAAAUCCAGCUCCAGAACGGAAUGUGGCCUCCAGCAUCAAAAGUGCUGUAAAGCCCAUGGGUCCUCCCCUACGUCAGGCAAAGGUACAGUGCACAGCAGCUCCAAACUCUCUGCAGCCAAUCAGAGCCGCAGCCUGUCCAUGGGGAAACGCCGCAGAAGCUGUUCCUUCUCGAGUAGUCCUGCUCUAAAACAGAAGAUAUCCAAUCAUCGAUCUGUGCCACGAUGGACUCCACCCAUCUCCAGAGCAGGACAUCAUCUAAUUGGAGGAUCAAAAGAUUCUAUUCACAGUUACAAACAUCUCCAAGAGUUGGAGUCCACAGAUGUGACGUCAGAAUCCUUGAGAAGGUGCCAGUCCCACACUGAUGGCAAUCAGCACAGCCGCUCCUAUUUGAAUAUGCAAACUGUGGCCUCUGCACCUUCUAGAGGAAGACUGGCCUACGCCGAUGUUCCUUGCACUCGUCUGGAUCAGGGAACAGCUUUUCCUCGCCCGUCCCACCGCGCCUGCUCCGUUCCCAUCAUCCCCUCCGUCCAGGCGUCUGACGUCGGGGACAGGUCCGUGGAUGGAGGCAGCGCCGUGCUGCUUUAUAGGAGUGGAGUUUCUGCGAGUCACAUGCUUAUCAAUCCUGAGACUGAAGCAGAGGCAUUGUCCUUGGCCAAUUCCAGCCAGUCUCUGGCCAGCCUCACUGCGGUACAGGGGUCACAUGGACUCACGUGCUCCGAGUCUGCGCUGGUGGUGGGUCAAACUAAACACAAAAGCCUUGUCACUUACACAACAGCCUUGGGAGCAGGUACAGACUCCAGUAGAGCAAAGACUGUCAUUUCUACAGCCGUACUGGCAUCGUCCAGCCUGUCCAAAUCCACCGGCAAACUGGAGGGCCGGCCCGUACGGUCAGCUCGCGGAGGGAGUCUAAGAGAAGAGCAUGGUGCUGGUUUACAAACUUCAUUUUUCAAGGGAGAGAAAGACUUCCAUCUGUCUGGUGAGCUUAGAGGUGUGUCCUGUCUCACACCUCCUAAAAGCUGAUUGGAUAAAUCAAUAGAACUUACGAAUUGCAUCCACAAAUGUUCAGUGGGGUCGGACAGGGUGGGGCACUACCCCACCACCCCUCGCCCCCUUAUGUUGACCAAUCACAAGACUUUACUCUCUGAGCUAUGGAACUGGACUACAGAGAGAACUUGCAAAUGACACUGGAUAACCGAGAACACAAUGUGAAUAAAUUAUAAAAAGGUUAAUGACUAUCGUUGGGAUGUUGAUUUAAAGAAGUAUUGAAGAAGAUAAAAAGAUUUAUAUGCCACUAUUUAACAAGAAGCUUCUACUUAGAAACCAAAUAGUGUGU